AUGGCUGAGAAUUCUCCACGAAAAAACCUUACCCUUGCGCGGGUGUACAUCUAUUUAAAAAAAACAGAAGCAGCCUCAAAGGCUGUUUUUACUCCGUCACUCGUCAAUGCCCGUAUCUCCCCGCCUGCGUCACGACUUGCUCUGCUGAAAUUACCGCACCAUAACCACGUCAUCUGCCCCAAUGAUCUACGGGCCGGAGAACCAGCGCAGAAAAGGAGUAAGUUUAAUUGGUCGCCAGAUGAAACGGUCUUCUUACAUCAAAUUCAAGAAAAAAUACGUAUAAUCAGAGGGUGUUAUGGGAAGAGUAUCACCCCUGAGGAUAAGAAGAGAGCGUGGACUGAAGUGGCAGAAGCUGUAACAAGUGCCUUCCCUGGGAGUGGACCCCGUACGCAGGAUGACUGUGAGAGGCGUUGGUACAACGUACAACAAAAAUCAAAGCCUUGCAUUGCCAAGUGCAAGAAUGAGCAGCGGCAGACUGAUACACACUUUAUCAGUAUUGCUAGAGACCAUCCCAGCACAUUGUUCAUUACUUGUGGAAAAGAUACCAUUAGCUGCUCCGGCAACAGCCACCGCUUCAAUAUCUGCUGGCCCUAUGACACCAGCCACUGCUUCAUCAUCUGCUGGCCCUAUGACACCAGCCACUGUUUCAUCAUCUGCUGGCCCUAUGACACCAGCCACUGUUUCAUCAUCUGCUGGCCCUAUGACACCAGCCACUGCUUCAUCAUCUGCUGGCCCAAUGACACCUGCCACUGCAAGGGAUGACAAUGAAGCUGCUCCACCAGUCACCACCUACUUCAUCGGAGUUAAGAGAUGCCUUUCAUAGGGCAGCAGUAUAAUUUUUUGAUGCUGGGGCUGAAUAUUACUGCCUCAAGGCUAUGAUUUUGUCACUUUUUUUUUUUUAUUACUGAGGAGGUUAGGGUGGAAGGGGUGAAAAAUAAUUUGUGCUGUUUUUCGACAGAAAUGAUUAGCAAAUUCAUUCAAAGCACAAAAUUUACCGGAAAAAAAAUUGUGUGCCAUUGUGAGUGGGUUCACUUGAGAUUGGGCUCCAAUACGCCUCCGUGGUCUAGUGGUCAGCAUGCCUGGCUUCUACGCGGGCCCGGGUUCAAAUCCCGGCCUGGGCAGUCGGCGUGCAGCUCACCCAGCUGAUCAUCCUCCCUCUCGGGCUGGUCGAUAAAUGACUACCUGGGGAAACUGUGGUAGCCCGGAUGUCACACUGGCCCUGUGUCCCGUGGUAAUGGGCUCCCUCUCACCACAGGCUCAAGGCCCAAUGUUACGGAGAUGAGCACCGAGGCCACGCGCUGCUAUAGCGUAUGCCCCAACUUUACCUUUACCUUUAUUGGCUCGACUGACAGACAUGGCUUUGUAUGUCGAAGGUCACUGGUUCAAUCUCCACAGCCAGCACUCUCUAACUUGGAUUUUUCCGAGUUCCCUAGAGCCUAGAUUAAUUUCUCGGUGUUAAAUGAGGAGAUUUGCACCGGCACCCAGUCAUGGGUGUUACAAGAUGUGUUGUUACAAUCAGGGGCGUCAUUUGGCCUUCAAAAGUGGGAGGGACAUUAGGGCAGACAGUUUUAUAUAUAUAUAUAUAUAUAUAUAUAUAUAUAUAUAUAUAUAUAUAUAUAUAUAUAUAUAUAUAUAUAUAUAUAUAUAUAUAUAUAUAUAUAUAUAUUUACCAUCAUUAGCUUAUAACACCUUUAGGCACUGAUCAUAUUUGCAUUUUAUGUAGUCUGUGAUGCAGGCAGGAUAUUCAUUAGCACCUAAUUAGACUCAUGCUGCUCUCCAGUGCUCUCUGAUGAACUCACAAUCAAAGAUGUAGUAUACCUAUAGGGUAGCAUUGAGUAAUCUUAGGUCACUUGGUAAAGUGUUCACCUAAGUCCGACCCAAGCUGACAACAUAAACCUAAGCGUGUUUGCAAGCUGAGUGCUUAGAAUAUUGGCAUAAUAAAAGAUGCUGAAAACUGGAUUCCACUACUUUAUUGAAUAUAUGAAUAAUUAUAUACUGAA